GAAUGGGAUUGUUGUGAAGUAGAUCUGCCGUACGUGCUGCAGCCAUCAUAAGCCUUGCUGUCUACCUUGCCUCUGCACACAUGUGAUCCGGCUAACGAGUACCGCCCACCCCCACCCCUCUUUAUUGUGGUGGCAGGAGUAACGGUGAUAGUAGCACAGGACAAACAGUGGAGACCAGCGACGCAUCCGUUUACCCUGACUUUCAGCUUGUGUUACAUCCUCGGAGCAUGUUUAUCUCCCUCUCACGUACCAAGGAUCUUGUCCUCCAGCAGUGUCUGUGGGAUGUGCUGCUUACAGUUUUUGUACUGGAAUGGACCGGAUGGUAAUUCAGCUAGGCUGCAGCAGUAGUACCCUGUACUUGAUUGUGUUGUCCCUCCAUUUCUUCAGGAUUUUACCGAUCCAGUGGCUGCAUUGUGGGCAUGACCGGUGCUGAUCCAAAGAUUACUGGAAGAACUUCGUGCCUGAGUUCCGUAAUUUGCUAAUAUAACUUUCAUGACCAUCUCACACUUAAAGUAAUGUAAUGCAGAAACAUAGAACGUGAAGGAAGAAAAGGACACCUUUGUUCACUUUGUCUGCCCAUUUCCAUACCUAGUAGGCUUAAUUCUGUAUGAUGACCCAGUGAGAUGAAACUAUUCUAGCGCGAACAUCAAGAGGGCUUCCUUGGCACAAACAAAAACCUCCUGCUGCGGGCACAUCAUGAUCCGGAUCAAAAUAGUUAAAGUGUGCAUUCAGGUGCUUGGCACUUGUCUUGUUGUUGCAACAGCAUAUGCAUUUUGGAGUGACAAAAAGAGGCAUUUGCUACCAAAUAAGGAUUUCAGAAUUGGUGACGAGGUAGUUAGUAAAGACCUGCACCUGGACAGGGAGAGGAAGAGACUGAUACGAUAUUAUGCAGAUAAUGGCGAUUCUCCUCUUUCGUUCCACAAACAAAAUAACUCUUCUGUAUCUGCUGGUCAGUUACUUAACAUUCAUACUGUUCCUUCACAUUCAUCUUUUGCAGACAGCAUUAAAAAUGACAAGAAAGAACAUUCCAGCACUGCUAACGAGUUAGCGCAAUAUGCCACAAAGCAUAAUAUGACCAGUAUAAGCAUACAGACGACAAUUUCCAAAACAGUAAAGGGACCCUUGCUUAGAUGGCGAUCAUGGAGAUUACGGAAAGUAUGGAGGGAGAAUACAUCAUCAAGAAGUCUGGACAAACGUCUUCUUGCAGCAAAAAUGAAUUACAUUGCUAUGAACAAAUACAAGGUGAACUUCCAUGGGACUAGGCAUGCCAAAAAACUUGGGAGUAUGGAGCUGCUUUGUGAACUCAAGCAAAGGAUUUCUAUGGACAUGAUUAAAUAUGGCGAUGGUCCCUUUCUUGGACAACAGUGGGAAAGAAGUUUGCCGAGAAAAACCAUUAGUGAAGUACUAGGGCAACCUGGGCAGUGUGCUGUAGUGUCUUCAGCAGGAUCGAUAAAGUUAUCUGGUCUGGGACCAGAAAUAGAUAGCCAUGAUGCAGUUCUGAGAUUUAAUGGGGCCCCCACCAGUGGCUUUCAGAAAGAUGUUGGAGAGAAAACUACAAUACGCCUUGUCAAUUCCCAGGUGGUAACUUCACGAGAGCAUCGUUUCCACACCGAACCACUGUACAGCACUGGAGUGCUCGUUUUAUGGGAUCCUUCUCCAUAUCAUGCUGAUCUCAAUAAGGUGAGCUCUGUUCAUCUGCGGCCUAAUGCAUAUUACACAAAUGAGGAAAUAUAA